CACCCCCCCCCCCUCUAUCUCUGUGUGGGACAAUCGUAUUGCUAAGAAACGAUGGUGUUUGUCUUCAUGCUAUAGUGCUAGAUUUCAUGCCAUUGGUGUGUUCUCCCAGGCAGAUGUGGUCAGCUUUCAAUUUGUACUUUUUUCCACCGUCGAAAUACUGAUAUUUAUGACAUAUUUUUUAUUAUCCACCAUAAAAAUAAAUAGAUGCACACACUUGUUUCAGUUCUUUGUGCAUAAUACCCCCAAUACCCAUUUCAUAUAAUCUUUCCUCACUCCUUAUUCUAUUUGUUCCCUGUUUUUUUAUCCUUUCCCAGGCUACAUGGCAUUGUGACUUGAGCUGGGCCAAAUCUGGGGGAGGAUUUGGUAAGCAAAUCAGCACUACAUGUUUUUCAGUCAGUCAAUAUGUUGCUUUCUAAAACAAAAAACAGUUCAUUAUUGCUAUGUUGCUAAAACUUUGUAAAUUAUAAUGUCGACCUUCAUCUGCCACUGACUGUCUAAAUUCGCUACUGUUGGAGACCCUCAUGUCUAACUUAAAAGCUUGAGGUAUUAGCGAAGGCUAAAGUUCUAUAUUCUUAACAGUUUGCCAUGGAACAUUUUAUCAUUUUUUUUUUAAAAAUUCUCGGAAGAGGCAACAUUUGAAGUACUUUCCAGGCUGAAUAAGAAGCAGAAAGGCAGUUCAUGAGACUGUUAAUGACCAGCAUCAUGUUGUUCAUGAGGAUACUUUCCUGGGAAUUUUGUUCAAGGGACCUCGAAGAGCUGUGUUGCCUUGAAGUUCAAUUCUAUCUAAGGUUAAUGAGUUGGUUGUGCUUCAAAAAAGUAUCGAACCACCGUUGAUGAUUGUUGACAUAUUCAAGUACUGUAUGAAAGACUUGAGGACUUUCAGCUGGGAUAAUAAAAUUGAACCGAUCGAGAGCUUGAAGAAAUAUUCCCAAAAAUUUUCCACAACCAAACUCCAGAAAGAUCAAUCGCAAGAAAACGAUCAGCUUGGGGUCCCUCAAUGUUUUCCAACUGAACCAAAUAAGUUGUCUACUUCUCAUUUUCCUAGUGGAAACAGCAAUGAUAACUCGAUUAUGAGCAAGGGUGGACUAUUGAAUAGCUCUGAUAUGGUGCGUCACUGUAUAUUUCCGAAGCCUUGCAUUAGCUCAAAUGUGGGUAAACUGGAGCAGCCAUCCCUUUUAUACGAGAGAUGUGAAAGAAGUGCAUCUUCCACACCAUCUCAAGUUCCCAAGACUUUGAGUAUUCAUGCAGCGUGGGCAUUUCUCAGUCUCCAAUCCUGCGGAGGUGCCAAGAGCAAGAUGCUGCAACGGAUGGGAUGACUUUUGAUCACAAAACAUUAGUUGCUGUUGUUGGGAAUUCCGACCGGU